GUAAACAGGAGAUGGCCGGAUCGGCGGCGCGGCGCGGAGCGGCGGUUCUGCGGAGGAACGGGCCUCAGUGAGCUCGGCUGUGGCCACGACCCGGCGUCCUUUAACCGCGUUCAACCUGACAAGUUUUGCCUCUUGUUAACGGAUGCAGAAGCCCAGACUUGGUCGGACUGGUUCUCCAUCUGUUGCGCCACGUGAAGAAUCCUGAUCUGAGCAUCAUCUCCUUAAAUUGCACUUCCGGUGUGUCCCUGAAGCUUGAUGGCUUCGUGUUACCAGCAGGAAGCAGAUCGCAUCGAUCUCACAGAUGGACCCUUUGCAUUUAGUGAUUUCUUAUGUUGAUGCUGUGAGAUAUCGACCCCCUUCCCAAGACACUACAAUGAUGUAACUGCCUUGUUGCUGUACUGCUCGGUUUUGCAUCGCUCAGUGAACCCGCCAGGAUGACUGGACAGAUUCCCCACGGCUGUCUUACUAAAUCACUGCGUCAGUCUGCAAGGAGACGGAAUGUGCUUCCUAUCCUGAGACCUGCGGUAUAGGCCCAAAAAAAGGAAAAAACUCAAUUUGUCAAGGCAGCAAUAUUAUCAGACUUGGCCAAGAUGCCCUGGCCAUUUUCAGAGUCUAUAAAGAAGCGGGCUUGCAGAUACCUGCUGCACCGCUACCUGGGACACUUCCUUCAGGAGAAGCUGAGUUUGGAUCAGCUUAGUCUGGACCUCUAUCAAGGCACUGGUUCCUUGGCACAGGUCCCUCUGGACAAAUGGUCACUGAAUGAAAUCCUGGAAUCGGUGGAUGCUCCCUUUGAGGUGACCGAAGGCUUUAUCAAGACCAUCUCCCUGACAGUGCCGUGGGCAUUCCUUCUGCAGGAGAACUGUGCCCUUGAGGUCACAGGACUAGAAAUGGUAUUCAGGCCCCGGCCACGCAUGGCUUCCAGCACAGAGCCCAUGUACUGGUCCAGCUUCAUGACCAGCAGCAUGCAGCUUGCAAAGGAGUGUCUGAACCAAAGGCUGACAGAUGAGCUGGGGGAAGGCCUCCAGCCUUUGGAGGGACUGGAGAAGUUUGCAGAGACCAUUGAAACAGUUCUGAGAAGAGUGAAAGUCACGUUUUUGGAGACUGUUCUACGGAUUGAGCAUGUGCCAGAAAAUUCCAAAACAGGAAUAGCAAUUGAGAUACGAAUUGCUAAGACUGUGUACUUUGAUGAGACCGGGGAUGAGUGCCACGGCAUGGAUGUGCACCAGCCUUCCACUUUUGCCCACAAGAGCUUGCAGCUCCAUGGCAUCACAGUGUUUUGGGAUGAGUUCUCCGAGUCGGCCCGCUCAAACCCAAAGUCCCCCCCUGCUCAGACUGAAACCGAGGCCAAGCUCUCUCCAAGCUGGAACCCUCGCAUUGUCUGUGAGCCUCAUCCCCAGUUCACUGAGCCUGUCUCUGCAGCAUCGCCAUUCAGACCCAUGCAGAUCGGCAGCCUGAGUGGCAGGGUAGAGCUUUCCCUGGUCCUCAAGCAGAAUGAAGCGCUGCCUGGAGCAAAGUUGGAUGUUGAUGGGAAAAUUGAUUCAAUGAUUAUGCUGCUGUCUCCACGACAAGUCCACCUUCUCCUGGAUAUGUUUGGGGUCUUCUCUGGAUCAGGAGUGGUGGAUCGCGGAGGGCUGGCAAAGGACCGGAAGAGCCGGCCUAUGCAGCAAGAAGAUGAGUACCGAUUACACAUGGAGCUCAACCGAUGCCUCAAGAAGGACUCCAUGGUCCCAAGUCCUCUGGCAGACACAGACUUCUUUGAGACAGAGACUACCAGGACUACAUCAAGUCGAGAAGAUGUGUUUUUCUCCAUGGCGGAGAUGGACAUGUCACAUAGCCUGUCAUCCCUCCCACCCUUGGGGGACCCACCAACUGUGGACCUGGACCUUUCGCUCAACAGCAACUAUACUCCUUCCCCAGGAGAAUCCCCCUCCGGCAAUGUGGCCAUGGUAUGGGAUGAAUACCUUGAUGCCACAAAACAGAAAGAGAAACCAAUGCAAGACCCUCCCUUCUUGUCCCGAGAACCCCAGCCAUCACAAAAACUGCUGCGACAGACCUCGCACUCUUCAAAGGCUCACUGUGAUGAGUCCCGUCCGGAGCUUGUGCUCACGUUGGCUCUGGGCACUGUAGUGUUUUCUGUGCUCCACAUCGACCCCCUGCCACCACCCGACACUGCCGUCAGUCCCCUGGCUCUCAUGGCCUCCGAGUUUUUCUCCCAGCUGGACAGGGUUGGCCCGGCACACAUCGACCCAGGAGACCUCCUUCAGGCCCGGGCUACAUUUGACAGUGCCUGCCCCCACGACCACCUCAGGUUCCUGGGUGCAGGAAUGAAGAUGACAUACGAGCAGCGUGAGGGCUCCAGCCUGCGCAGCCUUAGCACUGACAUCUCCCUAGGGCAGAUGGAGCUUCUGGAGUGCCUGUUCCCCAGCGAUGAUUGCUCCAACACCCCUCAAUACACAGAAUUGGUGACGUUCAGCACCUUGACCAAUGAGGAUACAGCACCUGCCCCAUGUCUUCACCUAACAUACAAGUUUGUUGAGCGCAGAGGCCCACAGGGUGGGCAAGUGCGCCUAAGCUCCAAGCCCCGGAAGGCAGACUUUCACGUGGAGCUGGGUCCAGUGCAGUCUGAGCUGGAUAUUAGCAUCGUGGACAGGCUCAACUCCCUGCUGCAGCCACAGAAGCUGGCCACCACAGAGACCAUGGCCUCACACAUGUAUACCUCCUACAACAAACAUGUCAGCUUGCACAAGGCCUUCGCAGAGGUCUUCCUGGACGACUCUCGUACCCCUGCCAAUUGCCACAUCUCGGUGGCUGUGAAUGCGCCCGUGCUGAACCUCGUCGUGCGCUUCCCCAUCCCAGACCUGCGGUCUGACCAAGAGAGGGGCCCCUGGUUCAAGAAGUCCCUGCAGAAAGAGGCUUUGUGCCUGGAGCUGCAAGACCUGGAGUUAAAGACUGAGUUCACAGGGGGCAGCUCAUCAGAGCAGACCAAGAUGGAGCUCACCUUCAGGGAACUGACUGGAAAGUUCCAGGAUGACGGUGAUCAGAUGGCUACCAGGUUUCUCUGUGUGUCCCAUGCCAUGGAUGGGGAUAUGACCUCCUCAGACAGUGAAAAAUUUGAUUGGCCCAGGGUCGUGUUGCGGGUGAACCCCACAUCUGUGCACUCCAUUCUGGAGCGCGUCACAGCUGAGGAGGAAGAGGGCCCUGAGGGGCACUCCCCAGAGGAGGAGGAGGGUGGCGCACAUUCAUUGAAAGAUGUUUGUGAUUUUGGAAAGCCAGAACCUUCUCCCUUUUCUUCACGACGGGUCAUGUAUGAAAACGAGGAGAUGAUCAUGCCAGGGGAUGUGGGUGAGAUGACGGAGUUUCAGGAAAAAACAAUGAGCGAUUCACGCUACGUCCUGGAGCUGGCAUUCCCAAAUGUGCAGCUGUUGCUUCCAAGCAAGGCUUUUUAUGAGAAGCUGCAUAACAGGAUAAACAAUGACCUGCUGCUGUGGGAGCCCACAGCCCCAUCACCUGUAGAGACUGUGGAGAACAUGACGUAUGGUGUGGGGCUGUCGGUAGCCAGUCAACUGAUCAACACCUACAGCAAGGACAGCUUCAGCCAGUUCCGAUCGGCUGCCCCCGAGGAGGAAGAGAGUGGGUCCGAGGAUGAGACCAUACAAUAUUUAUAUUCCGACCUCGGACUCCGAUCACGGAGGAAGAAGAAACACGAGGCCCAAAAAACCUCCCAGAGUUUGCUCUCAGUCAUCCUGAGUGUCAGUCAUGGGUUGGUUGCACUGUACACCCACACCAAGGAGGAAAAUAAGACCAUGUUGAAACACAGACAUGGGGAGUUUUGGAUGGAAGUGGAGAACGGGGUUCUUUUCAGUGUGACUCAGUAUGAGGGACACAAGGACCAGCACUAUGUCUGUCUCCACACCAGUAACCUGUGCCUCUAUCAUCAAGGUAUGGUGGAUGGAGAUGCUCCUGAGAUGGACAUCAAGCUGCCGAGCAAGAUGCGCCCUCAUUGGUUGGAGCCAGUCAUCUACCGGUCAGAGGAGACAUCUCAGGGCAGACCUUCCCCACCAGAGGGCAUUGGCCUGGAGGCCCACAGCAUGCUGUCUGUUGCAGUCAAGAUCAGUUCCCAGAAUGUAGAGCGUAACAUUAAGGAGUUCCUGAUUGCCGUUGGAGUGAGAGGGGCAACUCUGCAGCACCGUGUUGUUCCCUCCAGCCUGGGCUGGUAUGACCAGAUUGUAGAUUUCCUGAAUGUGUCUGAUGAGCCAGUACUGGGAUACACUCCUCCUGUGUCAAUCACCACCUUCCACCUGCACCUCUGGAGCUGCUCCCUGGAUUACAGACCUCUUUACCUUCCCAUUAGAUCUCUGCUCACAGUGGAAACGUUCAGCAUCUCUAGCAGUGUGUCCCUUGACCACUCUUCUUCCACAUUAAGGAUCAUCCUGGAUGAAGCUGCUUUGUUUUUGUCAGACAAAUGCAACGUGGUUUCGGUAAAUCUCUCUCGAGAUUACGUGCAGGUGAUGGACAUGGGUAUGCUGGAGCUGAGGAUAACAGCAGUGAAACCCAGUGGUGACAGCCAAAGGACGGAGCCUAGGUUUGAGCUGCGCUGCUCCAGUGAUGUCAUCCACAUCAGGACCUGCUCAGACUCAUGUGCAGCCCUGAUGAACCUCAUUCAGUACAUAGCUAGCUACGGGGAUCUGCUGCCACCUCCUGGCCUGGAGGGCAAGAGUAGCAGUGCCAAGCAUAGAGCCAAGUUUGAGGCGCCCACAAAAACCCCUUCUCAGUCCCCUCCACUCGCGGAAGCGGAGCAGCAGAUGCUGCAGGACCUAAUGAGUGAGGCCAUGGAAGACACAGAUGGCCAGCAGGCCACAUCCGCACACCAGAAUGGAAUCCAUGACCUCUCUCAGGAGCACGAACCGGCCCGCUCCGAUCUCUUUCUGUUCCCGGAUGAGAGCGGAAACAUGUCUCAGGAGCCCAGCCCUACCUUCCCUGUCUAUCACACACCCCUCAUCUAUACAGCCACCUUGGACCCUGCCCCUGACAGUGAAGACUUCUGCAUCCUGGAGACACCAGGAUCUGGAACAGCUGGUCGGGAUGAGGAGCCAGUGGUGAAUAAGCUGACCGCAGAGCCCAUCCAGAUCAGGGAUAACCAUUUCAGCCAGCCCUUGGGCCGCACGGACUCCAGCAGGGGCCCGCUGCACUUUCCUGUGCCAGAGGUCCGCUAUCUGAUCAAGGAGAUCUCUGUAGUUUGGCACCUUUACGGGGGGAAGGACUUUGGGAGUGGAGUAUUUAUCUCCUCCCCAGCCAGGAGCCGGGGAUGCACCCCCCACAGCUCCCCUUCGCAAACCCCAAUCAGACAGAGUCGGUCAGUGGGCCGUAUAGGAGGUGGACGAGGGAGAAACCCCGAUGUGCUCAUGGAGAUACAACUUACUAAGGUGAAGUUCCAGCAUGAAGUGUACCCCCAAGGUAGGGUGGAACCCAGCUCUGGGCCUGCUGAACAGCCAGCCUCCCGUCAAGUGUUUAUAGUCCAGGACCUGGAGAUACGUGACCGACUGGCCAGCUCUCAGAUGAACAAAUUUCUCUACCUGUACUCCAGCAAGGAGAUGCCUCGCAAAGCCCACUCUAACAUGUUGACAGUGAAAGCACUGCACUUAUGUCCAGAAGCAGGCCAUGCCCCCCAGGAGUGCUGCCUUCGUGUCUCUCUGAUGCCCCUCCGCCUCAACAUUGAUCAGGAUGCACUGUUCUUCCUGAAGGACUUCUUCACUAGCCUCACUGCAGAAGUGGAGCUCUUCGCUCCGCCCGACCAGGAAGUGCUGUGUGUUUCAGUUAAGAAGCCUCCGGCCCCAGACAUCUCGUGUAGCUUCCCCAAGCAGGGGGGUGGCAGUGGCCAGGAUCCUGCACCCAUUAUCUCAGUACCGAGCCAGAGCAGGCCCAGCCAGAACGGUGCACCCCAGCCCAGCAGCGCAGAGUAUGACGGUGCUGGUACUGCAUCCUUCGCCGAUCAGCCCAUCUUCUUCAGAGAGUUCCGCUUCACAUCAGAGGUACCCAUCCGUCUGGACUACCAUGGGAAGCACGUAUCCAUGGAACAGGGCACGUUUGCUGGUAUCAUCAUCGGUCUAACCCAGCUAAACUGCUCAGAACUGAAGCUUCGGCGGCUCUGUUACCGUCAAGGACUGCUCGGGGUGGACAAGCUCUUCUCUUACGCAAUAAAUGAGUGGCUGAACGAUAUCCGAAAGAACCAACUACCAGGACUUCUGGGCGGGGUGGGGCCCAUACAUUCCUUGGUACAACUGGUUCAAGGCUUCAGGGAUCUAGUUUGGCUGCCCAUUGAGCAGUACCGCAAAGAUGGGCGUAUCGUGCGGGGCAUCCAGCGAGGGGCCGCCUCUUUUGGCACCUCCACCGCAAUGGCGGCCCUGGAGCUUACCAAUCGUAUGGUGCGCACUGUACAGGCAGCAGCUGAGACUGCCUACGACAUGGUAUCUCCAGGACCUGAUGAGAGUGAGUUAAAGAGAAUAAAGCGCUUCUCUCAUCACCGACUGGCUCAUCAACCAGUGGAUCUCCGUGAAGGAGUGGCUAAGGCAUACAGUGUUGUUAAAGAGGGAAUCACAGACACGGCACUGACCAUUUACGACACAGCAACACGGGAGCAUGAACAGCGUGGAGUGACAGGCGCAGUUGGCGGGGUUCUGCGCCAGUUGCCCCCGGCAGUCGUUAAGCCACUCAUUGUAGCCACUGAAGCCACCUCUAAUGUUCUGGGGGGUAUGAGGAACCAGAUCCACCCUGAUGCUCGCCAGGAGGAAUCCCAAAAGUGGCGGCUUGGGGAGGAAUGAAUACCCCCGCUUUUGAUGGAUG